AUGAACGCAGCAGCAGCAGCAGGUGAAGGUGGCAAAGCCGCUCCCCCCAAGUUCAAGCAGAAGGAGACCAGGCAGUUCAAGAGCAAGGCUCCUAAAGCUGGACAGAAGGGGUUCGACAACGACGUCCCGGGGAUGGAGGGUCUUGGAGACUCUGCCGUGGUCUGCCCCUGGGAGGCGUUCGGUGACAUGGAGCUGAGCGACCUGGCUCAGUUUGGCAUCGUGUAG